AUGGCACCCCGCAAGCAGCCCAAAGCCAAAGGCAAAGGCAAAAACAAAACCACGUCCGCCACCGGUGGUGCUGGGUCGUCGUCGUCCAGUGCGGCUGCCGCCAUCGAUCACGACACGCGCACGUGCGGCUGCUGCAACCUCGCCGCCGACGCGCCCACGUACUCGGCCGCGGAGCGCGACAUGAUGGCCCAGAUCGAGGCGAGCAUCCGCGCGCAGAUGAUUGCGGCCGGCCGCAUCACGGGGGAGGAGGACACGAGGGCCAUUGUGGAGAGGCAGGAGCGGGAGAGGGAGGCGCGGGAUGCGGGUGAGGGUAAGGCCAGUGAGGCCAGUGAGGGUGAGACAGGUGAGAGUGAGGCGGCUGCUUCUUCUGCUACACUUGAGGCCUCUGCUUCUGCCGCCACCCCCGCGAGUGUUGGUGAGGUCUCGAGUGAGGAGCGCUCUUCGGCUGCUAUGGAAGGAGCCCAGAAUGAGACUGUUACUGUCGCCGAAGACCGCGGUGUGGAGGAGUCUUCUGAUGUCGGACCGCGCACCAACGCGGGUGAGCCCAACGUGCUCAACAAGAACCUCGAAGGCGGCGAGUACGGCGUAGUCGGAGGUGGCAAGCACGGUAAGAAGAACGCCGACGAACAGUGCGGAGAAGGAGGAGCCGUCGCGAGCGCCGGACACUCGGCGUCUGCAGAACAGCUUAGUGAGAUGGCGGCAGUCGUCGUCACUGAUAGCAGCACGCCUGCCGAUAAUGGCAGCGACGGAAGUAGCAGCGCCAAGGACCUCCAUGACUCCCCCAUCAAGAUCCACGACGCGGUUGACAAGGCGCACGAGACCGCCACCGCGGUUGGUAAGGAACCGGCUACCGGUGCUGCUUCGAUCGAGCCCGACGUCGGCAACAGCGCCAGCAGCAACACUUCCGACAUUGUCACCACCGACGACAAGACGAAGACGCCCGUCGCCAAGAACACCCGGUCUCGUACUUCACUCAGCCAUUCCAGUGCCGCCGAAGUCCGCAGCAGCAGUCCCGCUCCGCUCAACACCAGCAGCGCCGCGACCACGCCGCCCGCCACCGACAAGACCACCUCGGUCGGCUACAUGACCAUCUUCCACGUCGCCAACGAACAGGCGCCCUUCGACCCGCGCAUCUACACCGUCCUGACUCCCGAGGCCGCGCUGGCCUGCGAGCGCGAGCGCUACGCCGAAUGGUGGCGCCGCAGCUUCGGACACGCCGGCAAGAUGCCGCCCGUGAACUUGCCCGUGCCGUACGAUACGCAGGAUCCGCGCGCUCGCUGGCGCUUGGACAAGCGCGUCGGCCGCAACUGGUCGCUGGCGGAUUGCGCGCCCAUGGCCAACGGAGGACCGGUCGGCACGGCGGAGAGCGUCGUCGAGCCGCUGUUCGACGAUUACGGAAGGCUCAAGCUGCCGAAGACGCGCGGCCAGAAGGCGACGAAGCCGGCUGCCGCCGCUGCGACGCAAACGAAGCCGGACAAGAAGCAGGGCGGCGACGGAAAGGGUGGUGUUGAGGGAUAA